AUGGCUGAUAUUGAAUUUAACCCUAAUGUCAUUUACAAUAAGCUCGUAAGCUUACGUGCUAAGCCACAAUCGAGUGGCAAGGCAGCGAAUGGAGAAUUGCAGCCGGUCUCUUCUCUUCGAAUCGAUGUUGCAUCCGUAACAAAAGAUGUUAAUCGUUUCCGUGCUUGUGAUGGUAGUGCUUGCUUUUAUUGUCGAGAGUGGGCAAUUUUCGUUUAUAAAAAGAAUUUUACUUGGGUAGCAAAAAAUACUACCAAUAAUGCAAUUAAAGUUGAUAAUUCCGUAGAUGAACCAGAUGAACCAAAAAAAAUUGCUUCAAUCAUUUGUCAGCAAUUUAGUGAACUUAUUAUCAAACACGAUGAUGAUAAAAUUAAAACAAAUGGUUUAGAUAGUGAUUCGGAAAGUAUCAUCAAUGAUAUGGUUCAUAAAAUUUUUGCUUGGAUAAAGGCACCUAAUCGUCUAUAUGUUGUUCCGAAUAUUUUCUCUAAUGUUGAAUUUGAUAUAUCGAAACCUACUUUACCAACUCAUGAUAAAGAACGUGAUCUUGUAUAUAUACUUGAAUCCAUUGAGAUUGAAAAAUCUCAUUAUCAAAUUUCAAAACAACAUUUUCCUCUAUUGAAAUUGACGAAUUCACCACAACAAUGUCAUCAUACAAGGCCAGAGUGGAAAGUUCCAACUGACCUUGAUCUUGAUCGUCGUGUAUUUAAUGAUCUUUUAUUUAAGGAGAAAUCUCAAAAUGAAGAGUCAUUAAAAGAGAGUUUGGCUCAAGUUUGGUCAUAUGUUACCAAUUUCUUGACAUCAAUACUUCAAAUAGAAGCGAAUAGAGAUCUGAUUUUCGGUAAAGGUUGUGUGGCAAAUAUGGAAAAUUUCAUGAAAGAAUAUCAAGAUGAAUCACUUUCGUUCAAAGAUUAUUGGGCACCCAUUACUGAAGCAUAUAAAAAGACACCAAAAUCAAAAAAGGCAAAUACAUCUGCAACAGACCCUGUGGAUGAUAUCGAUGCUGCUUUUAGAACUUACAUACAUAAUGCUAAAACAGUGAUUUCAUGUUGGGAAGAAAGUUUUAUUGAAAAGGCUUUAACAAGUGCUGUUCAAUUCAGUGAAGAAACUCAGUGUACUUUACUAGGAUUUCUUGUUGAUUUUCAGAAUAGAAUAUCUAACAUUCCAAUCAAGGAAUCUCUCGAUGAUAUCUUAGCAAAAUGUAGGGAUGCUUUAAUUGCGGUUAAAGAUAUUAAAUUAAUGAUAUCAAAAAGGAUAUCAAUUCUGCGUUCAGAUAUCUCUAAAAAGAGUAAAGAGUCGAUUCAAGAACUUGAAGCGCUCGAUGAAUCCUGGAAAACUCAAUCCCAACGGACAACCCAAGGUCGAUUGGAAAAGGCAAAUAACAAAGAAUUUAGAAAACGAAUCAAAAAAUUUGAAAGCACGUUGCAAUCAACGAGACUAACGACAGUAGCUGCAAUCGGUGCUUUAUUUCCGGUCACAAACCUUGCGAGUAUAUGCAACAAUUGCCUAGAAUCGUUAAUGACUGAAGGUGAAAUCAUGGAAGCUAUUCAGUUGGAAAAACAUUAUAAGAAUUAUGAAGUCACUGCUAAGAAAUUUCAGGAACAAC